AUGUUCGGAUUCGGUCGUCUGGGACACAUCGCCUUUGAUCUGGUGAUCAUCUCCGCCCUGCUUGCCGGUGUCAAGAAGUCCACUGGAUAUACCCUCAAAAUGACCCUCUUCACCGACUCUGCCCUGAGAUCUUUCAUGGACUCGUAUCUCGCUAUGGGUGAAACCAUCUUUGGCAUGUUCAGCGGGUAUGCUGUCAACUCGAGGUACUUUAAGAGGGAGAUUGAGUAA